AAUAGAAAAGGGUCCAAGGCAAGGAACGCCCCAUGGUUACAACCUGUCAAAAAUGGCUACGUUUUCUUCCAUUUUUAAGGCCAUCAAAAUUGAAUCCUCUCUCUCUCUCUACAGUUUUCUCUCUCUUCAGUGAUCUCGGAGAACCAGCGGAGCUGAGGAAGACGAAGAAGUAGACGAUGGGAGUGCCUGCUGCUUCGGGCGAUGAUUUUCUGAGGGAAAGAGCGGCGAAGAUGAGAGAAUCGAUGCUGAAGAGCCAAACCAUUACCGAUAACGUCGUUUCGAUCCUUGGUUCGUUUGACCAUCGCCUUUCUGCUCUUGAGACCGCCAUGCGUCCUACUCAGAUCAGAACCCAUUCUAUUCGCAAAGCUCAUGAGAACAUUGACAAGACUUUGAAGGCCGCGGAGGUUAUUUUAGCUCAGUUUGAUCUCUCUCGUCAGGCAGAAACGAAAAUACUUAAAGGGCCUCAUGAGGAUUUGGAGAGUUAUCUUGGGGCAAUUGAUCAAUUAAGAAACAUUAUUAAAUUCUUUAGCAGUCAUAAAGGUUUCAAGAGUAGUGAGGUAGUACUUAACCAGGCAAAUAAUCUGCUUGCAAAAGCCAUCUCAAAGCUGGAAGAUGAGUUCAGACAGCUAUUAUCGUCUUACAGCAAACCUGUGGAGCCUGAGCGCCUUUUUGAUUGCCUGCCAAAAUCGUUGCAACCAUCUUCAGAAUCUCCUGGUCAUCAAGAUGAUUCAGGUGGGAAGAAUCCCUCCUCAAAUCAUCAUUCUGCACAUCAUGAUAAUAACUUGGAGAAUGCUGUCUACACACCUCCCACUCUCAUACCACCACGUGUUCUACCACUGCUGCAUGAUUUGUCACAGCAGAUGGUUCAAGCUGGUCAUCAACAGCAAAUUCUAAAAAUCUACAGGGAUACACGUUCAGUUGUUCUGGAAGAAAGCCUACGGAAACUGGGAGUUGAAAAACUUAGCAAAGAUGAUGUCCAGAAGAUGGCAUGGGAGGUUUUAGAGGCAAAAAUUGGGAACUGGAUUCAUUUUAUGCGUAUUGCAGUCAAACUACUGUUUGCUGGAGAAAGAAAAGUGUGUGAUCAAAUAUUUGAAGGCUUUGAAUCGCUUAGAGAUCAAUCCUUUGCAGAGGUUACGUCUAGUAGUGUGUCUGUGCUAUUCAGUUUUGGGGAGGCGAUUGCUAAAAGCAAGAGGUCACCAGAAAAGUUAUUUGUACUUCUGGACAUGUAUGAAAUAAUGCGAGAGCUUCACUCCUAUCAAGCAACCUUGAAACAGCUUUUCCAAGAAUUUGCAGAUAGUGGUCAAACGAGUUCGGAAUUGGCUACUGUCACAAUGCAAAUAAUGCAGGCUCUUCAAUCUAAUUUGGAUGGAAAAUCUAAGAAUUACAGAGAUCCUGCUUUGACUCACUUAUUCCUCAUGAACAACAUUCAUUAUAUAGUUAGAUCUGUCCGCAGAUCUGAAGCCAAAGACUUGCUAGGGGAUGAUUGGGUUCAGAGGCAUAGGAGAGUUGUACAACAACAUGCAAAUCAGUAUAAAAGGAACGCUUGGGGAAAGAUUCUGCAAUGCCUCUCUGUUCAAGGGUUAACUUCAUCUGGGGGCGGCAGCGUACCUGGAAUAGAUGGAGGAAACAGUAGCGGAGUUUCUAGGGCACUUAUUAAAGACAGGUUCAAAACUUUCAACAUGCAAUUUGAGGAACUGCAUCAAAGACAAUCUCAAUGGGCAGUUCCCGAUACCGAGUUGCGGGAGUCUCUAAGACUUUCAGUUGCUGAAGUCUUACUUCCUGCAUACAGAUCGUUCCUAAAACGUUUCGGGCCAAUAGUUGAUGGUGGAAAGAAUCCCCAAAAGUAUGUCAGAUACCAGCCAGAGGAUCUCGAACGGAUGCUCGGAGAAUUUUUCGAGGGGAAGAACUUGAGUGAACCCAAGCGGUAGAUUUGCAGUUCCUCGGUCUCAAGAUCGGCAUGGCGACUACAGUCAUUGCUCCAAGUCGCUUCCUUUUUUGGAGGUCGAAAGCUUGUGAGGUUCCUUCUUUCGUCUAGUUUUAGCAUCGUUGCAUAAAUGACACUGUAAUCAGCAUCUUGGCUUUGCAUAGUUUCCUUGAUUCUUUGCCUUUUUUCCCUUCAUGGGGUUGGAUGGUUUUGCCUCUAAUAUUAUUUUGUACAAUGUGUAUAUAGGAACUAUGUGGUGAUAGAGUUAUUUUUUAUUUUUAUUUUUGGUGAAUUCCUUGUGAAGAGGUCAUUCAUGUAUCAAUUAAUAUCAAGCUCUGAAAGCCAUUGUUAUUGUAUUAAAUAGAAAGCUUCCAUCUUUUGUUUUUAA